AUGAGAAAGUGUUAUGGGAAUAGUGCAGUGACUUUAAUUUCUAUAAAUACAAAUGCCAAGGAUGAAAAAAUAGAUAAAUGGAUGGAAGAACAAUGGCUCAGGUAUGAGAACUCCUUCAACAGUGAAGAGAAUAAGGAUCAAGCAAGUUUGGGACUAUCUAGUUCACUAGCAGCUGUCAAAGCCCGUGAUCGUGGUAAUCCUAUAGAUGGAAUUUAUUCUAUUCUAGGACUGUUGCCUUAUGGUGAAAAAGUGCCAGUUAGUUAUAAAUCAAAGAUAUGUCCUGAGUGUUCAGAACAAAAAGAAAAUAAGGACUGCAAACAUGAGGCAAAAAAUAAAAAAAGACCUAUUUAUACUAAAGAUGAAAUGGAAAAAACUUUAUUAGAGAUUGAUGAAAAAGGUUCAAGCAAUGUUGUGGGAGCAAUGGAUGUAAAUCAUAAAUUAGGGAAUAUCAAAUUAAAUGAAAAUGGAGUCAAGUUAAUUGGCUCUCAGCACAAAAUAAUUCACCCGAAUUUAUUUAAUAUGGGAGAAAAAUCAUCUCUAAAAGCAGAUGGGGGGUAUGCAAAUCAAUUUUUAGUAAAUACAGCAAGCGGCGGGUCUUUUUUUUUACAAGGAGCGGGGGAAAUCCUUGAAAAAGCAAAAGAUGGUGAUAUUUUAGUAGUGGUUAAUAGUUCUUCUAAGAGAGGAGAGAAUUUUUUAGCAUCGAACGGGUUUGCUAUUUUAGUGCCAAGUGAAAGUAAUUUUGAUUGUCCAAUAAGCAUAUUGAAGUUAGUGAGUUUGCCACGAGAAGGAACCAAAAUCAUUGCUGAGUUUAAAAUUGGCAAGCAUACAAGAGAAACGGAAGAGAGAGUAAAAAUACUUUUGCGAAUGCAAAGUCAACUACUAAGAUUGUCUGCGAAAAAUAAGAAAGAUGAAAGUGGUUGUUUGAUUAAGAAGCAGUUAGAAAAGGUUAAGGGAGAGUUGAGUAAAUAUAUAAUAAAUUUUGAAAAAAUUUGCGAAGAUGAAAAGGAAAGAAUAAAAGCAAAAAUAGAAUUAAAGAGAAUCGAGGGAGAAAAUGAGAAUAACUGGAAAAAUAUUCAUCGAGAUUUCAAAGACAGCCUGACACCUAAUGAUGUUGAAUUUGCAAUUUACUUGGAAGGUCAGGGAAAGACUCCCGAAUGGUGUUUAAAUUGUGAUGAUAUGGACAAAUUGAGGGAAGAAUAUAUUAAUAAAAGAAAGAUGAAAGAAAAUAUUAACGAAAGUGAGAAUAGUAUUAGUAUAACAAAUAUAGUAUCUCAGUUCGGUGAAGAAAUUGAAUCCCAACUUCUUAAACCAGUCCUGCUAAAGCCAAGUAAAAUUUCUUCUCAACCACUAACCGAACAAAACCAGACUUCUGCUAUUCAACUGCAAGAAGAAAAAUCAGAAACAUUUACUCAAAUCGAAACUAGCAAUGAUUGA